AUGUCAGAACUCCGUGACAGGACUGCUAGCCUCUGUGAAAUACAGAAGACAGAAAGGAUGUUGUCACAGCUUAAAGCCAAGUGUAAGGAGCGCGCACAGCUGGAAGACAAUAAUGAUGCCAUGGAGGCAGCUGAGAGAGAGAGUGAACAGGUCCUUCAAAAAGAGGCAGGCAGAGCCAGGUUGAAGGAAAAGUAUGCCGAACUGACAGAGAGAAAAAAGGACCUACAGCGUCAGGUGCAAAGGCAUUCAGUGUACAAGGACUUCAUGGAGCAAGUGCUCAAAAUAACAAAGUCUGAAGAUGUCCAGGAUGUCGAGGCGCUCGCAGAUUAUGUAAAGAGUCUACUCCAUUUUCGAGAGCAUUUCUAUCAGAAGGAGAUUAAGCUGCAGGAUGAGGUCGACCAACAGAAGAACGCCCUGCUAACUCUGGAGGACCGACAUAACUUGCUGCUAAAGCAGAAGAACAAUCGGCUGUCCCAGCUCCAAGCUAAGGCUAGGUCAAAUAGUGUAGAAUAACUUCUGAAUGAUGUUCUGAAUGCAUUCACACAGGAGAGAAAGUGGAACCACAUUCAGGAAACAGCUGCAAAGAAGACACUAAAACUGGGACAGAUUAAGAUAACUGCCCUGAACCUCUAUGAAAUGACAGGAGGCGCGGUAGGAGGAGAGGAAGGAGCUGAUAUGAAUGACACAGAGACACAGCUGGAUCAGCUCCAGAUGUUCAUGGAGGAUGUCAUUGUGAAACAAUGUCAAACUGGGCUCAGUGAUGGAGGGAAGCCAGACAAUGCCAGGAAGAACACAAAACCCAGAAAAAAAUGA